AUGGCACCCCCGGGAACCACACUUCACCUCCCCAAUGGCCAGACAGUCACAGUCUCACCAGUCUUUGGAGGCUACAGCUUCAAAGCCAAUGAGCUUAAUGUCCACCAAUCCGUCUUCCCACCUGGAUGGUCUAUCAUAAUCAACACAAAAGACCAUGACGACGACGAAGAUGACGAGCCAUUGACAGAGAAGGAAAAGGUGUUCGGCUCCAGCAAGAAUCCUACUCACAAGUUCUCCCGACCAACGCUCCGCAAUGACAACCUCUACAUCUCCACAAUUUCCAAUCCGAGCAGCAUAGACUUCAAGCCAGCGACGUCUCCUACAAGGCAGAUUGCGAUGAUGCUUUGGGUCAGCCUGUGGUGGUACUUCCAUCUUCCUGCGCCAAAUCCACACCUCACUACAGAUGACAGUCGUCAUACUCCCGAACAAGGCAGGCCCAAAGGUCAGUGGAGGGUUAAUAUCAAAAGAGAAGGUAUCUUCAAGGGCAAAAAGCUCAUCCCCAAACUUGAACGCAUGGGCUUGCUUGCUACGGACGAAUCAUCAGUCGGUGCUUCACUCAAUAUCAAAAGUGGAGAUGGCUGGACGAAGAUGUUCGUAAGCUGUUGCCAAUUUUGGCAACUUGAUGCUCGGAUUUUUCUAUUCACUCUGUCGCCUACCCAUGCGUCGUCCCCUUUUCCUGGUUCCACCCCAUUUCCGUCACGACCAGGGUCCCCAAAUAGAGAAGGGACCCCGGUCACGACGCCAAAUCCAGAUGCAGCACAGAAAGGUGCAGACGCAGCACAAGUUAUGUGGGGAAAUCAUGGUACGCAUUCGCCAGGCCCAUUUGCAUCUGGCUCCCAUCUCCCCACAUACUAUCCUCCUCCACCGCCGCAAUAUACCUUCACGCGUAAUAUCCGACAUCCCCUCCGCCAAAAACCACCGGGGCAAGGCUAUACUUUCUACUGUCGCUAUGUACCGUCCGUUGGGCAGUAUCUAUCCUUCCGUACAGCUUCACUAUCACCCAAAGCUCCAGUCUAUCAAGGACCCGUAUCAAGUUCUGGGAGCACGCCAAACUUCUUGCCUCCGAAUUCGGGAGUUUCUCACGCCACACUACCUUCGAUAGCAAAUCUCAAUGUCCAGCCAUGCGACACCGAGCUUCUUCACGACUGGAUGAACCAACCGCGAGUGGCAGCCUUUUGGGGAAUGCAAGGUCCCAUUGAAGUCCAAGAAGCAUUUUUGACUAAAGCCCUCAAUGAUAAACAUUCAUUUCCUGUAAUUGGUUGCUGGGAUGGUAAGCCGUUCGGUUACUUUGAGAUUUAUUGGGUGAAGGAAGAUCCGCUGGGGAGAUUUGUGACUGGAAGGGAAAGCAGCCACUACGAUCGUGGGUUCCAUGUCCUGAUAGGCGAGCAAGAAUUUCGAGGUGCACAUCGAGUAAAGCUGUGGUUGAGUGCUCUCGUGCACCACUGUUGGUUGGCAGACAACAGAACACAGCGAGUUCUCUUGGAACCGAGAGUUGACAACACCAAAUUCAUCGACUAUUUAGAGUCAGUAGGAUUUUACAAGGAGAAGGAGAUCGCCUUUCCCCACAAACAAGCAGCUUUAAUGAAGAUCGUUAGGGAAGGGUGGGAGGCACCCGAGAGAUGA